AUGAUACCAUUGAUAGCUUACCUGUUCGAGCGCUCCAGCGAGGCUUCGCCUUCAACCAUCGACGUCACCUGCACCAAAUCAGGAAACAGAGCACCUCCACCAUUGCCACGUCUCUCCAGCUCGAUCCAGCGCCUCCCUCUCCGCUAUAAGUUGUCCAGGAGAACCCCCAGACCGAACCCUAGCUGCGCCAAUUCUCCCUUCCCCGCCGCCGCGGUAAGCCUCUCCCCACACACACGCCAACGCCAUGGCCGAACGGGGCACAAGCUCCCGGUGAUUUCCGACCACCCCUUGCUCGUCCGCUGCGCCGGGACGCACUCGCCGCCGUCCUCCGCCUUCUCCAGCCAGGAUCCGGACCCGGGAGGCUCUAGACGCUGCGCGCCGUCCACGUCUUCUCCGACGCCGACCGCCGCUCGCCUUCCUUUUCUCCAGCAAGAAUCGGUCGCCUUCAUCGUCACCGAGCCUAAUCCUCGCGCCAACCACCCACCUCAAGGAAUGGCGAGAUCGGCACUCUACGUCGUCGCGCUGGUCGUGGCCGCCAUCGCGCUGCAGGCCCCGACGCAGGCGAGCUUCACCUACACCGAGGAGGACCUUGCGUCGGAUGACUCCAUGUGGGCGCUGUACGAGCGCUGGGCCGCGCACCACGAGGUGGUGCGCGAACACGGUGAGAAGGCCAGGCGCUUCCCCAUCUUCAAGAACAACGCGCGCCGGAACCACGACAAGUAUGGCAACAAGGGAAAGUCCGCCAUCAACAUCUUCGGUGAUAUGACCUACGAGGAGGUCAUCACUGUUGCGACGGGGUUAAGGGAGAGUGACCAAGAUGAACAAUGCAGUGACAAUUUCGUGUCACAAUGCACUCUAAAUUCUCAAUGAACUAGCUAAAGGCCCGUACAGCUAGAACAUCUAUUUCCUCAUCAUCAGCAAAUAAAUGUAAGCAAAGUUCAGUUCGCGAGGCAUUUGAAAGCCGUGACAUUAUGUACCUGAGUUUCAAAACCUGUGCUGUUACAAGUCAAUGUAUAACAAUUGAUACCCAGUCUUACUUUCGAGUGGCAAGAGUAAAGGCUACAAAAUUGGCUCAAAUUAA